AUGGGCUGGCAGAAGACAUUCACGCUCAACAGGCGUCCGAAGGGCUGCCAUCUCGUCACGGAGGAGGUGCUCACGCACAUCCGGCCAGGGUUAGAGGGCGUGAAGAUCGGGAUGUUGUAUCUAUUUAUACAACACACCUCGGCGGCAUUGACUAUAAAUGAAAAUUACGACCCGGACAUGGACAUGGCGCUCGACAAGAUCGUCCCCGAGUCCUUGGAUUGGGUGCACACAGACGAGGGCCAUGAGGUCUCGCACACGAAGACCUCGCUCAUGGGCACGUCGAUCUGCGUGCCUAUCACGGACGGACGACUUAAUCUGGGGACCUGGCAAGGCAUCUACCUCACCGAGUUCCGGCACGCACCGCACCAGCGGCGAGUGGUCGCGACAGUCCUGUGA